GUAGAAAACAUCCCGCUCAACGUAGCGCCGUUCGCUCCGCCCACAUUUACUGCAGUUCCCUGUCAGAGCUCAGAAAACGCCUUUGCACGGGACAGGCUCUACAAAUAAAGUCAAUUCAAGACAUUUUUUUGGUUUCGAAUGUCUGGUGCACAUGUUGAUUUAACAGAGUUCAUGGAUGCUUCCGGAUUAAUGUAUAAACAGAUCAGAUCCUGAGUAGAAGACGACCAUCUGGACGCUGCGUCCACAGAGCUACAAUGUUUCAGACGCUACGGACGUUUUUACUAUCAAAAGCCCGGUGUUGGGAUGCCGACAGUCAGAGGUCAUACCAGGACCUGUUUGAGAAGCUUGAUACCAAUAAAGAUGGAAAAGUGGAUGUCGCCGAAUUACGCGCGGGACUCAAAGCAAUGGGCAUAUUCCGCCAGGGUGCUGCACAGAAAAUUGUGUCAUCCGGUGACCAAAACAAGGAUGGGAGUCUGGACUUCAACGAAUUCACCAAAUAUCUGAAAGAGCAUGAGAAGAAACUGAGACUGACAUUCAAAAGCCUGGACAGAAACAAUGAUGGGCGCAUUGAUGCCUCAGAGGUUCAGCAGUCCCUUGCAGAGUUGGGCAUCAAUAUCAGCAGAGAAGAUGCCCAAAAAAUCUUGCAGAGUAUGGACAUAGAUGGAAGCAUGAUGGUGGACUGGAACGAGUGGAGGGAACACUUCCUACUAUACCCUGAACACAACCUGGAAGAGAUCAUACGCCACUGGAAACACUCCUCGAUUCUGGACAUCGGUGACAGUCUCGCCAUCCCUGAUGAAUUCACAGAGGAGGAAAAAAGCACAGGCGGCUGGUGGAAGCAGCUCGUCGCAGGUGCAGUAGCAGGUGCUGUGUCCCGUACCGGCACUGCCCCUCUGGACAGAAUGAAAGUCUUCAUGCAGGUCCACGCCUCCAAAUCCAACAACAUAAGCUUGGUGGGUGGUUUCAGGCAAAUGAUAGCAGAAGGAGGUUUAACGUCACUAUGGAGAGGCAAUGGCACCAAUGUUUUAAAGAUCGCACCUGAGACAGCCAUCAAAUUCAUGGCCUAUGAACAAUAUAAAAAGCUGUUAUCAUCAGAUGGUAAAAAAAUAGAGACAUACCAGAGGUUCAUGGCGGGCUCUUUGGCUGGUGCUACAGCUCAGACAGCGAUCUACCCUAUGGAGGUUUUGAAAACUAGACUGACGCUGAGGAAAACCGGCCAGUAUUCAGGAAUGUUUGACUGUGCCAAGAAGAUCCUGAAGAAUGAGGGGGUCAAGGCUUUCUACAAGGGCUAUGUUCCAAACUUACUGGGCAUCAUUCCUUAUGCUGGGAUAGACCUCGCAGUUUAUGAGACUCUGAAGACCACGUGGUUGUCAUACCACCCAAAAGACUCUGCUAACCCUGGAGUCCUGGUGUUGCUAGGCUGUGGGACAAUCUCUAGUACCUGUGGACAACUGGCCAGUUAUCCACUUGCACUUGUACGCACACGGAUGCAGGCACAAGCAACUCUGGAUGCAUCUGACCAGCCUUCCAUGAGCACUCUGAUGAAGAAGAUUCUAGCCAAAGAUGGUUUUUUUGGACUCUAUCGAGGCAUCUUGCCAAACUUCAUGAAAGUCAUCCCUGCUGUUAGCAUUAGUUAUGUGGUUUAUGAGUACAUGAAGAAUGGCUUGGGGAUCUCCAAAUGACACAGCAAACAAACAGAAAAGAAAAGCUUGUUUGCUUUGUCUGAACUAAAAGUUGUUGACUGAGAUGAUACCAAAAGGACAUCAAACAUACAGAGCAUGUCUUCUGCCAGCCGGAACAAAGGUUCAGCGGAUGGACGUUGUAUGCAGCUCCCUACGGGGGCUCUAUCUGUAGCUAAAGCAUUAAAUGUUUGUUAAGCAUGCUUUAAUUUUUAUACUGCCACACUUCUUCAUUUCACUAUAUGUUCAUCCAAAAUGAUGCUUGACACACAGUUAGUGCUAAAUGGAAAAAUCAUAACCAUGAGACUGUAUAACGGGUUUAUAAUUUAAGUUUUUAAUCUUUAAACUGUGACCAAAACAAGACACUUUGUAGGAAAGACUUGGCUGUGAUGAUACAUAGCAAA